CGCCCUCUUUUGCUCCGGACAACAAAUGACAUGUCUGCUUUUGUCAACGACAACCAGGCGAGUCAGACAGUCGUUUGGUUUGCCUGUAGUGUUAGCCAAGCCAGCCAGCAACAACCAGCCGCCUGAAUGUAGAUCCGCAUGGGCUACUACUACUCUAUCUCUCCAAAAAACCCAGCGGAAUCAUAAAAUAAGGAUCCCAGGAUGGUGUUAGUGCAUGUCGGAUAUCUGGUUCUUCCUGUAUUCGGCUCAGUAAGAAACAGAGUAUGGAGGCUGGCUCUACAUUCUGCAUUUAUCAGAUCUUUGUCGUCCCCCCAUUGUGUAGCUAAUGAUCAUCUGCUGCUGUGUGGUGUGGCGUGGCCUCUGCCUGUUCUCUGCAUUUAGCUGUAUUGUGAAUCCCUUCUUCAUUUCCUCUUUCCAUCAGAAGACGACAUUGGUAUUAAAAAGCACCCCCUCCCAAGAUGUAUUCAGCCAUAGACUUUCCAUGUUAAGCAGACUAAAACAAUAGCUAACACGUAGAACAGAGCACAUUUUUUUGUCUUUUUUUCUGUCAAAUUGCUGUAGCACUGAGUAAACAUUUUAGCUCCUUUCUAGAUAUCAGUUGAAUGUCAUUGUGUACCUCCCAUCCAGUCUUGAUAGACAACAUGCUGUAAAUUCCUGUAAAGUGGAUACAUUUUGCAUGAUCUCAAAUACUGCACUGCAUUGUUGAACACCAGAAUUUGGCUCAUCUUCCUUCUCUUCACACGAGGUGCAAUGUACAUGAUUAGAGUGACCUACGAUUGAGGAUAAAGUAAGCAUGCAAAUUGGACCCACAUGCAUGCCAUUUGUGUUGUUAAAUUCAACAUUUCAGCAAAUGCUGUCAUGUGAUCACUUGAAAUGACUGAAGGUACACUGCACCUGCACACAACAACCUGCCAUAACUGUCUCCAUUUUUGUGUAAUCCUUUUGUUCCCUUUGCAAAUUUCAAGGCUUUGAAUCACACUGAAUUGUCGGGACUGUUUGCCCUUUAUGGGCAAUUGAAAUUCUAAACUUUGAAAGUAGGAAAACAUGCUCACUGGUGGUUCAUCACUUCCCAAUUUACCCCACUAACAUAAGACCAAAAUGCUAUCCAUUUCACAGGGAUGCCUAUUUUCCUGCACUGCUAAAGAGAUCCUCUAUUAGUAAUAACGUCUUUAUUGUUUGGUUGUGGUCUCUCUUUACCUUUUGUUCUGGUAAUAGUACUUUCAAUGCAUGGUCACAUUUAUGAUUCAUAAUUUUUGUUUAUGUUUUUCUACAUUGACUAGUGAAAAUCCAAUGUAAUCUUUCUGUAGAAAAGAUGUACCCUGCUGUACUGAAAUCAUGUGCUGUAGCCAACACGUCUGCUCAUUGGAUGCCGCUUUUGUUCUUUUUAACCCUAUAUGGAGCAUGGUGGGCCUUGCCUUCAGUCUAUGUUGUUUAUUUUUGUUGCAUGGAUUUAUACUAUUAUUACAAACAAACGAGAAAGAAAACACAAAUUCCACAUAUACUAAUAUUUUUCAAUAAAGAAUAUAGUGUUUUUCCUAACCUUCAGUGUGCUUCUUGCUGAUUUCCAUUUAUUGUCCUCCCUCUCCCUUGUCCCUACCUGCCCCCCCUCCCCCUGCCCUCCACCCCUCCCCACCCACCCACCCACCUCCUCUCCCGCUGUGACAAAGAUAGACGAUUUCCACGCUUCCUCCAUCACAGGGCCUGAAUGAGUCUAUCUGCUGUCAUUCAUGGUGAUCGUUCUCACUGAGAUGCUUGAAAACGCAGUGUGCUACUUACAGUCUAGACUCGAGCCUUUGACCCACAGCAGCAAGGUCAUCUCUUGUCUGCCCGGCUACGCUGACGAACUGUCAAGCUGGAAAUAUUUCAGUAAAACCAUAAUGCUCAUCUUCCCUGGCUGUGUUUAAAAACCGUACUGCGUUUUUCAAGCGUACUCCUAGUAAAUGCAAUGUAGACUUUGCCUAUUUCCUCAUGAUUUUUACAAGGAAAAAUCCACUGUUUGCAUCAGAAGCCGUCUUGUCAUUUACACUGUCAAAGCAGGAAUUCUGUAUCCUCGUUAAAAACUGCACAAUUGUAAUUUUUAAACUGGCAGGUCUCUUUAAAAUGCAGGCAUUGCAGAGCAUAGUAUAUUGUACCAGGACGACUGUGGUGCCCUUUGGCUGAGGUUUCCUGAAAAGUUUUUAAUCAAAGCUAAAUUUGUUAUUGCAGUUUCUCAGCUCUUCCAUAAACCUAAAGGUCUUUUCAAGCUUAAGCACAGUAUUAAAACCAUAUUGCACCACAGCACAAGCUCGCCCGUCUUUUUCCUCUCUGUUCGGUCUCGACAGCAGACUGUUCACUGCAGAUGCCAAAUACCUGUGGUUGGAGAGAGUUAAAAAAAGCAUUUGAGCUAUUUCCUCUCAACUCCUGAAUGUUCAUAUGGGAGAAGAAUAGUACAGCUAUACUGGAAGUGUGAGACACAGUGAGAUGGUAGAACCCAGGGAAGCACAGAUACAUAAUGUGAAGGAAUGGUUCUUUAAGGUUGUGUGGAUAGAGAGUUGGCGCUGAAACAGUUCCAUGUAUUUCUUACUGACAGCCAGGUAAUAAAGGUGCACUGACCUGCUGUCAGCUGCAGAAUUUACACGAACUGAGCUGCGUUGAAGACCUGAUACCCGUAUACUGAUAGAGUUCAUCUGUUCUGAUCCAGUCUGUGAAUCAGAAGACCGGGAGUCGAUCCACGGGUCGGAAAUACAGAAAUGAAAGCUCACAUUUUGAGUGCAGCAUAAAAAAAACAGAACAAAACAAACAAACAAAAAAAACUGUUUUCAUUUUCAUGGUACUUUUGGUAACCAUCAUUUUCCCACCCCCACAGAAGUAUUUUUCACCCUAGGUAAGAGGUAGGGCUUCAUUAACAUGCUAUAUCACACAUACAGUGACACCACAUUUCACCCACAAUUAAUUCCAGCUAAUCUCUCCCCUCAGGUGCCUGACAACUUCUCCUUAUCCUCCACAGGAUCCCAUUUCAACCGGCAACAGCAACAGCAGCAGCAGCAGCACAGCCAUGCUACCUCUUGCCGGCACUUCCAGUUAGGUCCUCAGGCCCCGCUGCCCAUGGACUUCCCCAUGCCCCACCCAGGGCAGCCACAGUCAGGCAUUAACCCCCACCUGGCCCCUCCCGGCCACCAGCAUGGCCCUCCACUCCACCCGCCCCUCAACCCCCUGCCCGCCCCCCAGUUCCAGGACAUCCCUGCCCCUCCCUUCCUACCUCAGGCAUUACACCAGCAAUACCUCCUCCAGCAGCAGAUCCUCGAGGCCCAGCACCGACACAUCCUGCCACCGUCCAGACGCACCCCAGAGAGAGUUCCUCACCAGCCUCACAGACUGCGGCCCGGCUACGACUUUGCUCCCCCUCUCCAUGUCCCUCCUCAGCCUGUGGUGCAGCAGCCUCGCUAUCUGGCCGAGGGCACAGACUGGGAUCUAAGCGUAGAUGCUGGGCUGCCCCCCCACCAGUAUCACAUCCAUCCGCUGCCGCAGCACUAUCAGCACUACUUGACCUCUCCUAGGAUGCACCACUUCCCUAGAAACAAUGCCUCAACACAAGUGGUUGUCCAUGAGAUCAGAAACUACCCAUAUCCCCAGUUGCACUUGCUGGCUCUGCAGAGUCUCAACCCCUCCCGCCACGCAUCUGCGGUUAGAGAGAGCUACGAGGAGCUUCUGCAGCUGGAGGACAGACUGGGCAGUGUAAACCGUGGAGCGGUCCAAACCACCAUAGAGAGAUUCACCUUCCCCCAUAAGUACAAAAAGAGAAUACCCCAGGACCUGAAGAUGUGUCUGGAUGACGAGGAGCUGGACACCGAUGAAAAGUGCACCAUCUGUCUGUCGAUGCUUGAGGACGGAGAGGAUGUCAGGAGAUUACCCUGCAUGCACCUCUUUCACCAGGCGUGCGUGGACCAGUGGCUGGCCACCAGCAGGAAAUGCCCCAUCUGCAGAGUGGACAUUGAGACCCAACUGACCCCCGACAGUUGAUAGCUCCUGUCGACGCCUGCAGCUUUGGAUCUGGUCUUGUUAAUUCUCCAUUGCCUCCCUCUGGGGGAAGCUCUGCCAAACACCCCUCUUCCCCUCUGCAUCACUCAACAAGCCUGCCUUCUGAGACAGCUGUGACAGAGGGAUCAACAAAGCACACUCACCUACAACACAACGAGGGACGGGGGUUGAUGCACAGAUAGGUGGCUGGACUGAAGGUCGGUUGAACGGACUUAGCUGGAUGUAAAAGGUAGGCGCGGACAAGUAUGGACAGAUGUGCUGAGGCUUCACACGAUUCUGUCAGAUUGUGUACCUCGCGUACUUUUCUCCAUACAGCCACCCAGAGAGAGGACACUCUGACUACCAACCUCCCCAGCUCAGUGUGGUGUAUUAAGGCCAUUUCUCUGCCACUAUAUCCGACCCCUUCUCCCCCGCCAGGCCUGUGAAAAAUCCUUUAAGCUGCACUCUGCCCAAGCCCUCAGCACAUCUGUACAGAACAUUAUCAAAUGAUUAGCAUGAGGUUGUUUGGUGUGAAACUCUUGUAGCUGAACGCUUGUGGUGUAAUGGAGUAUAGUACUGAAUAAGUAUUUACAGAGUAACAGUGUUGUGUAGCAAGCAAAAGCCUUUUGAGAAAUAUGUCGUGUGAAAAAUAAACCUACAGAGAGGGUGAAUACAGCUCUAACAGUGAGAAAAUUCAGUGUGUUAAAUCAUAGGCGACGAGAGACAGAGCUAGUUGUGUAAAAAGGCCAAAAAUCCCUCUUUGUCGUCUAACAUGGUUUUGGAUUUACAGUUAGUAGAUGCCAUCAGAGUUGAUGCUAAACCCGCUAACUGCAGGCAUGGCUUCCAGUGAUCUGUGUAGUGUCGUAGUCGGGCCUCUAUAAUCUAGAGCAGAGGCCUCAGAUGUGCAUGCUGUAUGGCAGGCUUGGGCUGUGUCGUAAUAUUGUGGAGCAGUAGAAACAGGGACUGUGUCUGUGCAUGUGAACCGUAUAUUAUGACUCUGAUGAUCCCACUCAUUCAUAGAGGAGGACAAGAAUGCACCUAAUUACCACCCCCUCACCCGCCUCCCCACACCCCCCACCUCCACACUCAGACCAAAGUUGCCCUUAGACACCGAUCUCAGACCAGUGUAGCAUUUCUCUCCUAACGGUUUAGGAUUCAAAGAGCUGCUAGCGGAUCCGUGUCUAACAGCAACUCCUCUCUGUGGCCUCGCUCAUGGCAUGAUCAUGAGAGGCCGGCAUGGGCUUGAGGAUGCAGUGCCUGAGUCUUGCCAUCAGAGUGAAUAAUACCUGACAUUUGUAUUACCUAUUACCAGAACCUUAUUGCCUAUCGAACAAGCACAUGUGAUUUCUAUAUACAGUGAAUCGCCUCUGUUGUGUGUCGGCUCCUUUCAUUUCAAUCUAAGUUGCUCCCACUGUUUGAUAAAAAGACUGUGUCUGGUGUUACAGGGAAAAUACAAACUAGUUUGCCUGUGAUAUGUGCUAGAAUGUGUAUGACUGUCCCCACCCCCUCUCCCCCAUGGUAGUAGUGUAUGGUAUUGCUAGAACAACUGUGAUAUGUUCAGUGAUAGAAGCUGUUUUCUCUAUAUCAUGCAUGAACCAUGUUGGCGUAGUUCACUUGAAGGAGGGUGAAAGGGAGAAAAAGCCAUCCAUUUGAAAAAUACCAAACAAUUGUUCUUAACUUUUUUUUUCCAACUGUCUUUUUCUGCCAUUUGUUUUCUUUCUCUUUUUUUUUUUUAAUUACCUGUAUUUUUUUUUUGGUCUUUUUUGCUCACAUGCCAAUCUGGACAUGGUACUAAUAUGCCGAGUCCUUGUCCAUUUUAACCAUAGUGAAGAAAAAGCUGCAAUGCUGCAAAAACAUAUUUAUUGUUGUUAUAAUGUAGCUUGUGUUUUGUAAAUGCACUAUAAUAUGGAGUUGCCUGAUUUUUGGUUUGGUGGUGUGGGUUCUUCUUGUCCUAGAUUUUGUGUUCUUAUUCAGUUACAAGUAUUUUCAUGCUUCCUUGUGUAUUAUUGGAGGGUAACUUGACUGUUUGUGUUGCGUUUUUAUUUUUCUUUUUGUAUGAAACCUCCAUCCAAAAAACUACAGAUGGAUGAAAAUGGAGGUUUGCUAGUUCACAUAGAAUGCUGUGAUUAAAGAUGCCUUAAGUAUUUAACAAUCAUUAUUUAUUACUAACUGUAGCUAGCUAGCUAUUGUGGUGGAAUAUUUAAUGUCUCUAUCUCAUAACUUUGCAAUUUAAUCAAUAUAUUUAUUUAAAAUAACACAAAAUAUUAAAAAAAAGAAUACCUCAUUAUGCAUUGGUCGGUGGGGAUGCUUUUGCAUGCCGUCUGUGUUUUCUUUUUCAGAGGAGAAAAAAAGAAACUUGUCGAAAAAUUGACUGGGGGUGUUUCCCAACAUAUUUUCUAGCCAGCAUGGUGCUGUUGAUCUGGAUUACAUUCCAUUCAUGUCAUCUCUUGAUUUCACUUUGAAAUGUUUUACUUUUCAAAUAUCAUCCCUGCUUUGAUGUAAAGCAGAUGUCGGGGAACGACCCCCGUUUUGUCUUAGCUUGCUUUUGUUAUACGAUACUGCCGUUUUUGUCAUAAUCAGUAAUAUUUGAUUUAAUUUUUAACAUUUUUUUUGUUUUAUUUUGACCAUUAUCCAUCAUAUCUGGAUCUCAAUUUAAUGCUUAUUAUUUUAGGACCCACAUAACAAGCUGUAUUAUUCGUUCCUAUGUAUUGCUGGCAGUUGCUUUGUGUGGGAUUUUGGGACGUAUCUAACAUGCUAACUUGAGCCAUUGAUCUUAUUGAGCAAACUUCUGGUGUACUGUGGUUAUACAAUAUAGAUGUUUUACACCUGGGUAUAAUAAGCUAACUACGUUUUCGGUGUGCAUUUCUUAUUAAUACUCUACUAAUCCUGCAAAUUAUUAUAACAUGUAUUGGAUUGGAAUGAAGCUGGCUGGUCUUACUAUUAUUAUUUCAUUUCGUGCUCUCACUGGCCUUACCCCAUGCCCUCCACAGUGUACCCCAUAACUCCAGAGCGAACUGGACAGUAGCCAUAGUAUUAACUCAAGCUGAUGAACCGGAAUGAACAGUAGAACUUAAAGCACAAGCUUUUUAAUGCAUGUCCUUCUCAGGUUUUCCUAUGUGUAUGUGGGAGUAGCUCUGUAGAUGUGUUUAAUAUGAUGCUGUACCUUCUUGAAUAUUUCAGAUGUUUCUUUGCUGCUGAAAAAAUGUUGAUUAUUAACCUGCCAGUGAAAAAGGGAAGUGGCCAUCUUUGUACAACACACUGCUGUUUUGCUGUAACCGCGCAAUGUUUUAUGAUCUUGAGUAUUUUAUAGAAAAGUAGAAGUAUGUAUCAAUAAUAUGAAAGCAAUAGCUAAAUCAUAAUGAAGAAUAACAUGAUCAGUGAAUAUUGUGGAAAAUCUUUAGAUUCACUCUGGGUGGAUUUUGUACUGUAUUUAUUACUAAUGAUGAUGCAAAAAGUUGCAUAGCUUAACCCAAACUGUUCUGUCUCUUUUUUAUUUAUUGUCUUGUAUAUGAUCUUUUUGUAUGUGUUUUUCAAAUAAACUGCCUAAAAUGCUGACAACUAA